CAAGUCGGUGAGGGCAACCGGGGGAUGAGCGACACUAAAAGCCCGCAAAUUACAGCAGCGAUGAUCUGAUUCGGCCCAGAAAACACUCAAACCAGAACGGAUGUUUUUCCAAAUCAGCGCGCCGUGGAUUAUGCUGCAUUUUUCACAACAUAUCGCAGAAACACGUGGACCGCUUCCAGUCAGAUAUUGAAGUGGGAAAUUCUAAAGUUUCACCAAAGAGGGGAUCGUGCAGGGAGGACGAAUCGAGAAGGAUGAGCGUGAGUUUUCCACUGUGGACCGCUUGAGGACGACAUGGCAAACGGAGGCGACCAGUUCGGCCUCGCUGAGCGUCCGGAUUCCAACUGCAUGGAUUCUCCCAAGGAGAAUAAACAGGACAAUCUCAGCAGCUAUAAUUUAAAAUCACCUGCUUCGCAACAGGCAAAUUCCAGUCAGAUGGGCAUGGAAGGAAUCAAAGUUUUCCUUCACGACAGGGAGCUUUGGACGAGGUUCGAUGAAGUUGGAACUGAAAUGAUCAUCACCAAAGCUGGAAGGCGCAUGUUUCCAAGUUAUAAGGUGAAGGUCACAGGUCUCAACCCUAAAACCAAAUACAUUCUCCUUAUGGACAUUGUGCCCGGAGAUGACCACCGCUAUAAGUUUGCAGACAACAAAUGGUCGGUCACGGGUAAGGCCGAACCAGCGAUGCCGGGCCGGCUUUACGUCCACCCGGACUCUCCUGCAACGGGGGCCCACUGGAGUCGCCAGCUGGUGUCUUUCCAGAAGCUCAAACUCACCAACAACCACCUGGACCCAUUUGGACACAUCAUUUUGAACUCCAUGCACAAAUACCAGCCUCGCGUUCAUAUUGUCAAGGCGGACGAGAACAACGGCUUCGGCUCGAAGAAUACAGCUUUUUGCACUCAUGUCUUUUCUGAAACCGCCUUCAUUGCUGUGACCUCUUACCAGAACCAUAAGAUUACUCAGUUGAAGAUAGAGAACAAUCCCUUUGCAAAAGGCUUCAGAGGCAGCGAUGACAACGAACUGCACCGCAUGGCCAAAUUGCAAGGUAAAGACUACCCUGUAGUGCCACGCAGCACGGGUCGUCAGAGAACGUGCUCCGCUGGAAGUCCCUUUGGCGGGGAGGUCCGCGUUCUGAGGGGCUCGCCCGAAGCGGCCGCGUCGCCCUACAGCUGCGAGAAUGGCCUGAGCGGCAGCCCUCAGACACUACUGGGGUCUCCAUCCGCUCACUACACCUUGUCUCAUCCUCAGCAUGUCCAGCAGUCACAACUUUACCACUGCACCAAGAGAAAAGCGGAGGAGAACUGCUCCACUGGGAACUGCCAGCAUCCAUUCAAGAGAGCCUUCCCUGGUAGCUCACGGAGCCCUGGCGAGUCCUACUACCACGCCGCCCCAUUCGCCCGUCCGGCCACACUCGCCCUCACGGACGCCACGUACGAUGCGGGACAGCGUCAGGCGUGCAUGUUCGCCGGCUCGGAAAGCAGACUCGACGAUCGCGGCUGGUCGUACGCCUGCCCGCUGCCCUCCGCCAUGACCCCCGUGGAGCCCUACCCGCCUUAUAACCCGCAUUCCGCCUAUAGCUCCAGCCCGCAGGGCUCUCGGCUCAGCGCCGCGGCCCAUCACGGCUCGCCACCGCUGGGAGAAGCCGUCGCUCACGAUCCUUACCAGAGGCAGAGCUCUGAAAACAUUCAAAGUAGGCCGCACAGCCCCCCCCUCCACAGAGAGUAUCCUCGCUUCACCCCCAACGUUUCUCCCCCUCUCUACCACACAUUGGAGACACAUGCACACAUCAGGUGCGGAGUUCCCGAAUGGACCGCCGCCUCCUGAAGGACGUCAUUCUUUUGGAUUCAUUCAAGGGCGUAGGUUUGGUCUUAACAUUGGUAGGGACUAUAUAACAACAUGACCUACAUGUAGAAUUUUUUCUGGGGACGGGACAUUAAUAAGACCAAACAGAUUGGGUGAACGGGGGUCAAGGCUACAUUUCUUACGAAUAUGAAACUAAUUAAUUGAUAGGCUAAAUGAUCAAUGCAAAAUAAAUUUGUAUUG